AGCUGUUUACGAAAUUACCCCACCACCCCUCACUCUCCCAUACACGUCGAAAUAGCUGCUGGCGUGUCCCUACAGCUAGUUGAUCUCGCAUCUUUUAUUAUAUUGGUUGAGCAGAGCGUUUGUUCACCAUGGCGAUGCAACUCGACAUGUCCAACGCGCAGGUGAUGAAGGACGAGGCGGGCAGGCCCUUUAUCAUUGUCAGAGAUCAAGGCAAGAAGAAGAGGCAGCAUGGCAACGAAGCCGUCAAGUCGCACAUUUUGGCCGCAAAGACGGUAGCGAACAUUGUCAAGACGUCCCUAGGACCGCGAGGACUGGAUAAGAUUCUGAUAUCGCCCGAUGGCGACAUCACAGUCACGAACGACGGUGCCACCAUUCUCUCCCAGAUGGAGAUCUCGAACCACGUCGCGAAACUCCUCGUCGAGCUGUCAAAGUCACAAGACGACGAAAUUGGUGACGGCACAACGGGCGUCGUCGUCCUGGCAGGCGCACUGCUCGAGCAAGCAGCCGACCUCAUCGACAAGGGCAUUCACCCCAUCAGGAUAGCAGACGGCUACGACCAGGCCUGCGAGGUUGCCGUGGCCAAGCUCGACGAAAUCAGUGACGAGAUUCACUUCUCCAAGGAGAACACCGAGCAGCUAUUCCGCGUGGCCAAGACGAGCUUAGGUAGCAAAAUUGUCUCCAAAGCACACGACCAGUUCGCCACCAUCGCCGUAGACGCUGUACUCUCUGUAGCGGAUUUGGACCGCAAAGAUGUCGACUUCGAGCUAAUCAAGGUCGACGGCAAAGUAGGCGGCUCGCUGGAAGACACACUGCUCGUCAAGGGUGUCAUAGUAGACAAAGACUUCUCCCACCCGCAGAUGCCCUCCGAGGUCAAGGACGCCAAGAUCGCCAUCUUAACUUGCGCAUUCGAGCCGCCAAAGCCCAAGACCAAGCACAAGUUGGACAUCACCUCCGUCGAGGAGUUCAAGAAACUACAGACCUACGAGUCAGGCAAGUUCACCGAGAUGAUCAACCAGAUCAAGGAUACGGGCGCAAACGUAGUAAUAUGUCAGUGGGGUUUCGACGAUGAGGCAAACCAUCUUCUUCUCACAAACAAGCUACCCGCGGUGCGAUGGGUCGGUGGGCCGGAGAUUGAAUUGAUUGCCAUCGCUACCAACGGGCGCAUCGUGCCACGUUUCGAGGACCUCAGCGCAGAGAAGCUUGGCAAGGCGGGCAUUGUCCGCGAGCUGACCUUCGGAACGACGAGGGAUAAGAUGCUAGUCAUUGAGGAGUGCGCAAACACAAGAGCCGUCACAGUCUUUGUCCGAGGAAGCAACAAGAUGAUCAUCGACGAGGCGAAACGUUCACUACACGAUGCACUUUGUGUAGUCCGGAACCUGGUCAAGGACAACCGGAUUGUUUAUGGUGGUGGAGCCGCCGAAGUUGCGUGCUCAUUGGCAGUCGAGGAUGCGGCAGUCAAGAGUCCUGGUCUCGAGCAGUACGCAAUGCGCGCCUUUGCCGAUGCGCUCGAUUGCGUGCCCAUGGCGUUGGCUGAGAACUCUGGUCUCAGUCCUAUCGAGACUCUCGCCAACAUCAAAUCCCGACAAGCCAAAGAAAAGAACACAAGGUUAGGUGUCGACUGCAUGCAAACCGGAAGCAAUGAUAUGAGAGAGCAUUUCGUGAUCGAUCCCUUGAUCUCGAAGAGGCAACAGCUACUGCUCGCUACACAAUUGUGCAGGAUGGUACUCAAGGUCAACAAUGUAAUUAUUGCAGGAAGCGAUGAGAAUGACUUCUAGACGUUGCAGCACCAACCCAAGCCGUACGACGCGCUUGCUGCCGAUGGAACGAGGGAGGACACAACCUCUCGGCCGAGACGGCAUCCAAAAGGCACAACACCGCGAUGAACUGUGACGGUAACGGGGGAGAUGCCUGAGCGGUAUACCCAUAGACAGCGAACGUAUAAGAAUCAACAGCAUCCCAAUGCCCAAUACCCUCUCGAAGCUUGGCCGACUGAAUGGUGACGCCCCAACUGCAUUUCUACAUGAGUAGUAGAUUCAAGUUGAGUAAUCAGAGAUAUCAAUGUGCACUAAUGAUCUUGGCAUAGCAGUAGCUACCUAAGCCA